UGAGAAGCAUAAUUAAAAGCACCGAAUAAACAAUGCCAGCAAAUAUCAAAAAAGAAUCGAGUUGUCUGUUGGUCUUCUGAUUUGUGUGUUUGUGGCCGUUCGAAUCGCUUCAACGUUCCCGCUCUGCUAUAAGCGCGUAGCAAAUAAACACAUAUACACAUACAACAAUAAAACGGAGAACAACCCAAGUUCGAGACCCGCGACUAAGCCAUAUAAAGCAGCUCUACCAAAAUGCCGCGUUCGCAUUUCACUAGGAGGCAUUGUCUAGCGAUGACGGGCGGCUUAAUUGCAUUGGCUUUGCUGAUCUUGUGCUUUACACACUCGACGGUCAUCUCGAGCAAGCUCACCGAUCCCGGCACCGACGAGUCUACGCUUGAGCUGUUGCAUGUGGUCUUUCGACAUGGCCCACGCACACCGGCGGACACAUAUCCAACGGAUCCCCAUGUAAAUGAAACCUACUAUCCAUUUGGCUGGGGACAAGUAACAAAUAAUGGCAAACGCGAGCUGUUCAACAUUGGAAGUUGGCUGCGUAAGCGUUAUGGCAAAUUCCUGGCACCCUACUACAGUCCCGAUUUGGUGCACGCACAGGCAACGGGCGUGCCACGCACACACAUGACCAUGCAAACGGUGCUGGCCAGUUUCUUUCCACCGAAAGGUACGCCCAUGGAAUGGAACAGCAAAUACAAUUGGCAGCCCAUACCGGUGUUCUCGCAGGAGCUAAAUGAGGAUACGUUACUUCUUGUGCGCACACCCUGUCCUCGCUACUUUGAAGCCCUGCACGAAGUUUAUGAGCUGCCCGAGGUGAAGAAGGAAAUCGAGCCCUAUCUGGAAAUGUAUAAGGAGCUGGCUGGCCACACCGGGCUCAGUUUCAAUGAACCGGAAGAUGUGCAAUCGCUCUAUCUGACAUUGCUCGCGGAACAGGAAUGGGGUCUAGAGCUGCCCGAAUGGACCAAGCAAUAUUUUCCCGAGAAAAUGCAGUUCCUUACCGAACAGAGUUAUGUGUAUAAUGUGUAUACGCCCGAGAUGCAAAAGAUCAAGGCGGGUCCGUUCCUAAAGAAGAUGUUCAACGAAAUGCAACAGAAGCGUAACGAAACCCUGAAGCCCGACAAACGCAAGCUCUUUAUCUAUACGGGCCACGACUCGACUGUGGUGAAUGUGCUCUCUGCUUUGAAGAUCUGGGAGCGUCAGCUGCCACGUUAUUCGGUCAUGGCAUUGUUCGAGCUGCACAAGAACAAAGAAACCGGCGAUUACUGGGUGGAGAUUUAUUUCCGCAAUAAUCCCAAGGCGCCAGCUGAAAAGUUAACUGUGCCCGGCUGUGAGUUCCAGUGUCCGUUGGAUAAGUUGCUCGAGUUGACUAAAGAUGUGGUGCCCAGCGAGGCAGAUGCCAAGCGAUGUGAUGCCCAAAAUGAGCAGUUCACAGAGCCGCCAUUGCGUGGCCCAUAGUAAGGCUAAAUGGAGGAGGAUGUAUAUUUCUGGAAUCGAACAGGUGCUAAAACUCAGGGAGCCACAAGUUAGUUAAGUUAACCAAUCAUUUAAGUCCUUCUAUUAAAGAUCAAGUAGAAAUUUGCAGCUGUCUGGUGUUUGAGCUAGCGCCAGGACCAGCGCCUCAUAUGGCAGCCAAGUUGGCUCAUUUCCGCCUGUGGCGCCGCCAUUGCCCAAUAGGCCGCUUCCGUUUGCCUUUUGCCAGCUCCGCAAACAACUUCCGCACUUAUUUUACCAGCUACCCGACAAAUGUGCCCUCUCUCUAUCUCAUGCCCUCUGUUAUGCUUUGUAUCUUUGAAUCUCGCCCGCCCUUUGGCUUUGCUCAUUUUUGCCAAGAGGUGACAUUUUUCGCAUUGCGGUUUACCAUAAACUAUUUCAUUGGGGAGUUGUUGUCUGUGUACAUUAGCAGUGCUCCAUGCUCCAUGCUCCAUGCUUGGUGCUUGGUGCUGGUGUUCCAUGCAUGCAAUUGCCAGGUCCCCACUCCAAACAGUUCUCCAUUGUUUACUUGUGUGCGUUGCCCAUCUGUCUCUCAAUGUGUGCCCAGCGUCUCGCUUUCUCCUACCAUUCUGUGUGUUUGUGUGUGUGUAUGCUCUUUGCACAUAUCUGUAAACUUUAUUUGUCAACGGGACGCAUAUGCUGUAUGCUUGCCAAAAAAGGAUAAAAAGUAGAAGAAAAAAUAUUAAAAUAAAGGAAUCAUAUCCUCGCUCACAGUCA